AUGAAGCUGAUUUUUCAAAUUGUGACGACCUGCCUCUUCCUAGGGAUCCCGCGGGGCGCGCCAGUCGACGCCAAACCCGCGGAGAGGAACGGAAAGUCCAUAGCCUUCCUGGACUACCUCCAGCCGGAGGCAGACUACGGCAACUACGAAGUAGACAACGACGACUACGUCUCCAUGGCCCUGGAAGAGAACGACCUGAGUCGCACCAUACCCUCGUCCAAACGGAUCACCCCCCAACAGUACAACUCCCCCAUAUAUUACAUAAGACUGCCCCCACAGCCGUACAUGUUCGUGCCCGGCCUGGGGUACGUCUCCCAACCCACUCCGUCGGCGAUGUCGCAGUUCGUCAACUUGCCCGUCUCCUUCGUGGCCAACGGCAAGCCCAACUCGAUCUACCAGUGGUCGGGGGCCUUCCCGGCUUUCCCGACGCCAGCGCCGCCACCGGCGCCCGCCCCCAAACCCCAGAAGCCCCAGAAGAAGCCCUCGGGGGACUCCACGAUCCACCGGCUGCCGGGAACUUUCACCUUCAACGGGAAACCGGAGGAUAUCUUCGUUCUUAGGGACUCCUACAACGCGUUGUACAGUGACGUCUUGCAAAACGUUUACCCCUAAGUUUGAGACCGGACCGGAUACGAUGUAUAUAUAGAACUCAUGCGGAUCGACUAAAAGACUAUUUUUAUACAUAU